CCUGAACUCAGUUCUGAAGACAGUUCUGGCGAAUAUUCCUUAAAGGGAGUGAUGAUGGCAUACGGGUUUCCGGUUGAAGACCCCAGCUCCGGUUCCGCCGAAGGAUACAUUGGAGAUGAUAAUCAGUUCUAUGGUGUUCUACAUUUGGGGCUUGCUGGUCACCCUACCAGCCAAGCUCCUUUUGGAAAUCUCGGAACGAUCGCAAACUUGUCGAAGCGACUUCUCAUUUUCGAGGAAAUUUGCCUUUUGGUCGGCCAUUCUUGUACAUUUCAGGAUUACAUGACAAACCGUUUCGUCUUCGACAUUGACUGUCUAACGACCUGAGUGACAGCCGUCAGCUGAACGUCCUGCUCGUCUCGUCCCUUAUUUUCAUGAAAAAAAAACAUUCCACGCAUAAUGGAAUAGUCAAAUUACCUUUUCUAGCUAACAGAACGCUGCAUGCUGACCCAUACGGAAUUGACGAUGUCAAGAAAGUGUUUGGCCUGUUCGAUAACGACGACAUACAAGCACCAUCCACACCUCCACGUCAAUGGGCACCCUUUAGUUUUCCGCAUUUCUCGUACAAUUACGAGUAUUCGCCGUUCACCCCUGGCAUACCAACAUCGAGGAUUUGUGAUCUCUUACUUUUGGCUGACAAGGAGUUUUAUGACAAGGAAGGCAACUCCAGUCCGAAUCAGGUGGUAAGGAGAAUGAUGCACGCUGUAGCGCAUGCCGAUAUUAUAUUCAGAAAUGCAGACUUCGAUAAGCAUAACGUGCCAGCUAAUAUUGGUUUCUCAGUGAAGUACAUCCUGGUACUGACGUCGAAUGAGACCAACACGCGGGUGUUUGGAGACCUCGGAAGAGAAAACUCGGUGGACGGUCGGAGCUACCUGAUGAAGUUUUCGAGACUCCGCCGUCUUUCUGAGGUGUGUCUUGGUGUGGCGUUCUCCGGACAUGCCUUCCAUAACCGCACUUUAGGGCUAAGUUUUACAUCUCUGGACAAAAUGGGCGGUGUUUGCGAUGGACGUGCUAACGGUCAUUCGUACAACACGCUGGCUCUAGCACACGCUACUGCUGAGGGAAACGAACGUGUACCGGAGAGAGUUGCUGCACUGACACUGGCACAUGAAAUAGGUCACAGUUUUGGCGCGCAUCAUGAUGACGGUUCUCCAAAUCCUGAAUGUCGCGGCUUUCUGAUGGGCUCCCAGUCCUCCACCUCGGAAAGUACGAAACACUUCGAGUUCUCCACCUGCAGCAAACGGCUGAUUGCUGAAACAUUGAAAAGUAUGAGGUCCAGCUGCCUCGCUGAAGUAGAUGAGGCUUUUUGUGGCAAUGGUUUAAAAGAGAAAGGUGAAGCCUGCGACUGUGGUCUUCCUUCAAAUUGCAACAAGGAUUCCUGCUGCACUCCUCGCGCUGGUGGGGCUCUCGUAUUUGAAGAGGGUGCUCUCUACAAGGAGGGGUGCAGGGUUGCGCCCGCAGCCAGCUGUCACCCAUCGCAGGGUCUGUGCUGCACCGCGAACUGCCAACUUGCGAAUCUCACCGCCAGCGGUAUUAACUGCCAAAACCAAGACUCGGAGUGCACGUGUGAGGAAGGAAGUUGUUCGUGUGGUCUGGGUGGUCGCUGUCUGAAAGACAAGAGGUGUCAUGCUGCCGAAUGCGUCAAGUUGGGGCUUGAGGAGUGUUUCUGCCGAUAUGGACCCGGUGGAGUAUUGGGGGCUCAGCGAAUGUGUGGACCUUGCUGUACGGUUCGUGAUGCCAGAACCAUGACAUGUGUCGGAGCAGAAUUCGCCGCACAUGUGGCGUUGUCCACGAACUCGUUACCGGAUGAUUGGCCUUACGACGAUUAUAGAGGACCAAAUGUGACCCUUAAGCUGUGCAAUACUAAGAAGUGUGUCAAGAAAACUAUCCGAGCAUGGCCGUCAGGGGGUGUGUGCGUGCUUCACAACAGAGUGGGCAUGUGUGAUCGUGGUAUUUGUAGGAGUGUUCAAAUGUUGCCAUAUUUUCAUUUGCCCAGCAUAAGUAUGAAUCCGUAUUCGUCUCUUCGAAGCGGAGCAACGGAAAUAAAAAUGCAUUGGAUAUAUUUUAUGGCAAUUUUAAUAGCAAUGAAACAAAUAUAAAUGUUUAUUACA